AUGAGUCCACAACAGAGCAACAUGGAAAGAGUAACCUAUGAAGGAGUACGUCCACCAAAUGGAAAUGAGGAUGCCACAGAAGGUGAUCCAAAAGAUGAUGAAGGUGACAAUGCUUCAGAUGUUGAAGAUGACAAUGUCCCAGAUGUGAAAGGAAAACCAAUGUUUAAUGAAUACAUAUCUUGGAAGAAAGCAGUUUCCAGUUCUAGAGGAUAA